UGCCUAGCUUGCGUUGUGUGUAUGGCAGAUCAUACAUAAUACAACGAUGGGGAGACGAACGAUGACGCGGUCGAUCGCGACGGCGGAAUCGGCGGUGCUGUCGCUGUGCGCCCUGGCUGUCGUGUGUGGCGGUUUCCCUGCCAACGACGGGUCGUCGCUGCGUCCCGGCUUCUACGCGGCGACGUGCCCGCAGGCGGAGACCAUCGUGCGCCAGGAGGUCGCCAGGGCGCUCUACGCCAACGCCGGCCUCGCCGCCGGCCUCGUCCGGAUGCACUUCCACGACUGCUUCGUCAGGGGGUGCGACGGGUCGGUGCUGCUGGAGUCGACGCCGGACAGCGCCGCGGAGAGGGACUCGCCGAUCAACAACCCGAGCCUGCGCGGCUUCGAGGUCAUCGACAGCGCCAAGGUUCGCCUGGAGGCCGCCUGCCCCGGCGUCGUCUCCUGCGCCGACGUCCUCGCCUACGCCGCCAGGGACAGCGUCGCGCUCACGGGGGGGCCGCGCUACGACGUGCCGGGCGGCCGGAGGGACGGCACGGUGUCGCUCGAGUCGGAGGUGGCGGACAACAUCCCGGCGCCGACUUUCACCCUCGACGAGCUCACCCGGAGCUUCGCCGCCAAGGGCCUCACCCAGGAGGAGAUGGUCACCCUGUCCGGCGCGCACACCAUCGGCCGGGCGCACUGCACGUCGUUCAGCGACCGCCUCUACAACUUCAGCGCCAUGGGCGCCGCGGACCCCAGCGUCGACCCGGCGUUCCUGUCGCAGCUCCGCCGCGCAUGCCCCGCCGGGCCCGACGGCGCCGUGGACGCCAACCUCGCCGUGCCCAUGGAGCCGCGCACGCCGAACGGCUUCGACGCGCUCUACUACUGGGCCGUCCUCCGCAACCGCGGCCUCUUCACCUCCGACCAGGCGCUGCUGUCCAGCCCACCCACCGCCGCGCAGGUCAGGCAGAGCGCGUACGGCGGCUACCCGUGGAAGCUCAAGUUCGCCGCCGCCAUGGUGAAGAUGGGACAGGUCGAGGUGCUCACCGGCAGCAGCGGCGAGAUCAGGACCAAGUGUGCCGCUGUCAACUGAACGAUCCAUUUGUUUGCUCAUCUCUCAGUUUGCUUCCACCCGUGUGGUAAUAAUUUGUUGCAAACGAGCUAGCUAAGCUCGCUCCUAGCUCUGCUCUGCUGCUUGGGAUCCACUCUGUUAUG